AUCACAAACCCAGAAUGUUUUUUACUGUCCUCAAAGAUCCACACAAAGAAAAUCCUGCUGUCAGAACCAGGGUUCGUGUUCACACAGACCCUCAGAGUCUCUCAGAGCUGCUAGCUUAGCCUAAAAUGACGAUAAAUAUCCAUCCAGGCUGAAUUCUGACCUUCUUGAAUUCAGUCAAGAGAAUCAGGGCGUCGUCUGCAUACGACGUGACUUUGUGGCUUAAGCUGUUUGUGAGCCGCUUAUUGGGGGCAGGGCCGGCCUGUGGCUUAGGCAGGAUUGGCAAUGCUAAGGCAAGGCAAAUUUAUUUAUAUAGCACAUUUCAGUACAAAGACAAUGCAAAGUGCUAAGGGCGCAAACCACCAGGGGGCGCCCUGUCUAUACCUAUACCUUAAUAAAAAAGAUUAAAAAAAGCCCGACUUCUUUUACCUGCCCCUUGGUUUUCAUUCUUUGUUGCAUCUAAAAUCUCACCAAAGCGUCCAAAACUGUCUGGUGCCCCGGAGAGGAAAAAAAGAAAAGAAGAGGAGGAGAAACGUGACGAAGACGGAGAUGCGCUGCUGAGGUUUCUCAGUCCUCCUGCAGAUCCUCCAGUCGCCUCCACCUCAGCAGCGCCACCCAGCAGUGAUGAAGCAUCAAGCGCUCCUCCUGUUGCUCCAGUAGACCCGGCUGACUGGCCACAUCCUCUAACUGAUGAGAUACGAACAGAAUUAGUUCACAGAGGUCCAUUUCAAACAGAAAACAGCUUCACAUUCCCUAAAACAAAAGAGGGACGACGGUGUCAGCAUGAAUAUUUUAACAGACUCUUAAUCAACGGAGAAAAAGUCAGAAGAAGCUGGCUUAUGUACUCUAAGAAAGACGAUAGCUUGCACUGCUUCUGUUGCAAACUUUUUUCUAACAGAGACUACAAACUGAACAGGGAAGGACUAAAGGACUGGAAAAAUGCAAGUGACUUGCUCAAGGUCCAUGAAGAUAGCCAGGAGCAUAAUGCUCACAUGGCAACAUGGAAGGACUUAAAGGUCCGGUUUGCAAAGGGAAUUAAAAUAGAUAAACGAGAAAUGGCACUUAAUGAGGCUGAGAGAAAAAGGUGGCGUGACGUUCUACACCGACUGGUGGCAAUAAUUCAGUCCUUAGCUGAAAGAAACAUGAGUUUUAGGGGUUCCACAGACACGUUAAAUAAACCAGACAAUGGACAUUUUCUGAAAGAGGUGGAGCUCAUGGCCAGAUUUGAUCCAGUGAUGAAGCAGCAUGUCAGUAGGGUGGAGAGUGGAGCUGGCCGUCAUGGACAUUAUCUUGGCAAAACGAUUCAAAAUGAACUGAUUGACUCCAUCAGUUCUAAAAUAAUACAACACAUUGUGACAGAGAUCAAACUUUGCAAAUAUUUCUCCAUCAUUUUAGACUGCAGCCCUGAUCUGAACGAUAAGGACCAGCUCUCUGUCGUAGUCAGGAUAGUGUCACAAGACGACGUUCCUCAGGUAAAAGAGCAUUUCUUAGGCUUUCUGGUGGCAGAGCAGUCAACUGGAGAACAUUUGUCAUCUCUGAUCCUAAAAAGACUAGAGGAACUUAACAUCCCAUUUGAGGACUGCAGAGGCCAGUCAUAUGACAACGGCGCCAAUGUGAAGGGAAAAAAUAAAGGUGUUCAGGCAAAGUUGCUUCAGCUGAACUCCAGAGCUUUUUAUGUCCCAUGUGGUGCCCACAGUUUAAAUCUGGUAGUAGCUGAUGCUGCAAAAAGCUCACCAGAUGCCCUUAGCUACUUUGGGCAUUUGACAAAAUUAUUCAAGCUCUUCUCAGCCUCCACCCAAAGGUGGGAUGUCCUCUUAAAAUAUGUGAAAAUCACUCUGAAAUCAUGGACUGAGACCAGAUGGGAGAGCAGGAUAAAAAGCGUUGAGGCAGUAAGGUAUCAGGCUGGGCAAAUCCGGGAGGCUCUUCUGGAGGUGAGGGGGAAAACUACAGACCCUGUGGUGAGAGUUGAAGCCCAGGCUUUAGCUGAGGAGAUUGGAUCGUUUCGCUUUUGCAUUUGUACGGUCGUCUGGUAUGACGUUCUCUGCAAACUCCAGCAUGUGAGUAAACUGAUGCAGUCUCCCUCCAUGCAGCUUGACGUAGCUGUCGACUUGCUGAGGAAAACAAGAGAUUCCCUCAGCAGUUACAGGAACACUGGAUUUUCUGAUGCACAGACAACAGCCAGGGAGAUGAGUGAAGACAUGAACGUGGAGGCUGAACUAGAAAUGAAACGACUGAGAACCACAAAAACUCACUUUGGCUAUGAGUCUCCAGAUGAGAACAUUCAAGAUGCACUGCAAAGGAUGGAAACCACAUUUUUUAAUGUAGUCAUGGAUGCUGCCAUUUCUUCACUUGAUGAGAGAUUUCAGAAUCUUGGAGACGUGAAUAACUUGUUUGGUGUUCUCCUCGAUUUCCCCAACUUAGCAGAAAAAGAGCUGCUACAGAAGUGUCAGACCCUAAGUACCGCUCUGACCCAGGACAGCCAGCAGGACAUUGAUGGAGCAGAGCUUACAAGGGAAAUGUUAAAUUUCCCACCAUUGCCAUCAACUAAUAUGACAAACAUGGAGCUUUUAGCCUUCCUGCAUGAGAAGAAGCUAACAGAAAUUUACCCCAACAUGUGGGUCGCUUUGAGAAUCUCUGCCACUCUUCCUGUUACGGUUGCUGCUGCUGAGAGAAGCUUCUCCAAGUUUAAACUGAUAAAAACUUACCUGAGAUCCACUAUGAUGCAGGAACAUCUCAGUGGACUCUCCAUCAUAAGCAUUAAUCAUGUGGUCUCACAUCAGUUGUCAUACGAUGAUGUUAUAGACGACUUUGCCAAAAGAAAAUCCAGGAAAGUAAAGCUGUAAGGAUGUGAGAAACGUGGUGGUAUUUAGUUUUGGAAGUAAUUCAAGUUAAGGCAGACUAAAAUCACCACAAGAGCUAUUUGUAAGAUCAUCUUUUCAUGUUAUUUUUUUAUUUUGUUUAAAUCCUUGUAUUUUUGUGCCUACUCAUUUCUUUGAUUUCUUACUUAGCACAGUGCCAUAUUUAUAUUGUAUUUCAUAU